CCAUCACUGCCAUCUCCAUCCAUCUCACUAGCUGCCAGUCGCCAUGGCCGUGAACAACACCAAGCUGGCUGCUGUGGCGGACGCCGAGAACCCGGCUGUGGUGUGCUGCGACGUCGACGACUCCGAGUCGUCCAUCGACUUCGCCGGGCGCGCCAACUGGCUGCGCGCGGCGGUGCUGGGCGCCAACGACGGGCUGGUCUCCACGGCCUCCCUCAUGCUCGGCGUCAGCGCCGUCAAGCCCGAGGCGCGGGCCAUGGCCGUGUCCGGGUUCGCGGGACUACUGGCCGGGGCAUUCAGCAUGGCCAUCGGAGAGUACGUGUCCGUCUGCUCCCAGCGCGACGUGGAGAUCGCGGAGCUGGACCAGGCCGGAAAGCGUGGCGGCGACGAGGAGAAGGCACUGCCAAGCCCGGCACAGGCCGCCGCGGCCUCAGCGCUGGCUUUCUCCGUCGGGGCGCUCCUACCGCUGCUGGCCGCCGGGUUCAUCGUGGGAUACAACCUGCGGGUGGCCGUGGUGGUCGUCGUGGCGACGUUGGCGCUGGCCGCGUUCGGAUGCGUGGGCGCCGUGCUGGGGCGGGCCCCCGUGGCGAGGUCGUGCGCGCGGGUGGUGGUGGGCGGACUGGCUGCCAUGGCCGUCACCUUUGGGUUCAUGAGGCUCUUCCGAGCCAGCGGCGUAUGA